AUGAACGCAGUGCCCGAGUCAGGGCCAGUCAAGACGGUCCAGCUGAAAGACAAGAUUAUCGCCAUCACAGGCGCAAACAGAGGCAUCGGACUCGGCAUAGCAGACUGCUGCCUCGCCAAUGGCGCCUCAAAAAUCUACUCCAUCGACAUCGGCUCUACAGGCGACGAAUUCGCCGCCAUCUCUGCGAAAUACCCCGGCCAAAUCUUCGCCAUCCAAGCCGACGUCACGAAAGAAGAGUCCAUCCAAGCAGCCGUCGAUAAAAUUCUGGAAGAAGCAGGCGGUCUCCACGGCAUGGUCGCUAACGCAGGUCGUACAAAGCACAAGCCCGCUUUGGAUUUUACGACUGAGGAGAUUGAUCAGCUGUGGGGUGUAAACCUGUAUGGCUCUUUUUACACCGCUCGAUGCGCGGCGAGGGCGUUCAUCAAGCAGGGUGUAAAGGGCUCGGUUGUUUUCACUGCAUCGAUGGCUUCACAUCGUCCUAACAAGCGCGUCCCCUCAGCGCCCUACGGCGCCUCCAAAGCCGGUGUGAAAAACAUGACGCACACGCUCGCCAUGGAAUGGGCACAAUACGGGAUCCGUGUGAACUCCGUUUCGCCUGGGUUGGUGAAGACGGCGAUGACGUACUGGGUGGAGCAGCAGCCGGACUGGGAGCAGCAGCUGAAGUACUACGGGGGUAUUCCAAGGUUGGCCGAGGUGGAGGAGCUGGGUGGCGCGUAUGUGUAUCUUUUGAGUGAUGCGGCGAGUUAUACGACGAGUAUUGAUGUGCCUGUCAAUGGGGUUAUUGGGAUUUGUUAG